AUGCCGCUCCACAGCCUGACAGGCAAUUACAGCGACUUAGUGGUGACGGGGGACGGUGAAGGUAUUUUUGGAGUGGACAGCCAGUUCCUUUAUGCCCUGAAACCACUGGACCGGGAGAAGCAGCCAUCUUACUCUCUGCAGGUUUCUUUCAGAGCAUCAGGGCAACUCCAGAGCUUCACGGUCGAAGUGUGCGUCAUAGACAAGAACGACAACGUGCCCACUUUCAUUCAGGAAAGCAUGCGAGGCAGCGUGCAGCUCGGCCUUCUCAAAGGGAUACCCUUCAUGCAGGUGGAGGCGCUGGACCGCGAUGACCGCAAGACCGCCCACGCCGAGCUACGAUUCCGCCUGAUGGAGCAGACCCCCAGGAUCCCCUCCCCUCAGAUGUUCUUCAUUGACUCCGUCACGGGAGAGGUUUCCCUCACAGAGGACGGAGCCUCCACACUGGACCCCGAGAUGUGCGGCAGAUACAAACUGUCAGUGAUGGUGAAGGACAUGGCGGGGAAGUCCAACGCCUUCUUCGCCACCGGCAUCGUUAUCGUGGAGGUGACCGGGAACACCUGGGCAUCGCCCGAUCCCGUCCGACUGCAGGAGAACCUCCCGGGACCCUAUCCCAUCCCCAUCUCCCAGGUGAAGUGGAGUGGAAGUCGAGCAGAGUACAGUCUGGAGGGGGAGUUUCCAGAGAUGCUCUUCACCAUCAGCAGGGAAGGAGUCAUUUGUCUCAACGCCCCCCUGGACAGAGAAACACAAGACCAGUUCCUGAUCAGCAUCGUGGUGGAGCGUCCAGACGGCCGAGCCAUCGCCAAACCGGUGGAGCUGAGGGUGAUGGUGGGCGACGCCAACGACAACAGACCCACCUUUCCACAGGCACAGUACCACACCGUGGUCAAGGAACUGGCAGCUCGAGGGACGGAAAUCUUGACGGUUCAGGCGGCCGACAACGACGACCCUAAGACCGACAACGUGCGGAUCUUUUAUCGCUUGGUGGGACAAAUCCCAGAGAGUCCUCGCGCUCUGUUCAGAGUGGACCGGGACUCUGGGGUCAUCUCUGUCCAAGCAGACAGCAUGGAGGGAACGGCCCCCCAGUACACACUCACCAUCACUGCUGAAGACGCUAAAGGUCUGAACAGUUCCUGCACGGUGGUGGUGACGGUGCAAGACGAGAACAACAACCCGCCGGUCUUCUCCCAACACGAGUACGGACCUUACCACAUCCCGGAAGAUGCUUCGGUGGGCACCAUAGUAACAGCUGUGCUGGCAGGCGACGCUGAUGUGCGAGGAGGCGACAGCUGGCAGGUCAACUACCGCUUCGAGUGUGGAAACGAGGAGGAGGUCUUCUCAUUGAUGACGGACAGGCAAACCAACGAGGUCUCACUUGUUCUUUCAAAGGUUCUCGACUUUGAGCGUGAGAGCGAGUACAUCCUGGUUCUAAGUGUCCAGAAUCCGGUGGCUUUGGUCCGGGGCCGCUACGGUCCAUCAUCCACAGCAACAGUAUCGAUCUACGUCGACGACGUCAAUGAAGGUCCCAUUCUGUCCCAAAGCCAUUACGAGGUGACGGUCAGAGAGGGCGAGGAACCGGGCCGCGUGAUCGCCACUAUCCGAGGCUACGACCCCGACUCUCACCCCAUCAGGUAUUCUCUUCAAGGGGACACCAAGAAGUACUUUUCGAUCGGGAAAUAUUCCGGGGAAUUGAAGACUGUGCAGGCCUUGGACCGAGAGGAGAACAGCACAUACACCAUGGAGGUCAUUGCAGUGGAUGGACGAAACUCUUCCUUAUCCGCUUCAACUUUGGUCACGGUCCAAAUCCUGGACGUGAACGACAACAGUCCGGUGCUGGUGGGUGACUACUCCUGGAAGUACUUGUGUACGCCGCGCUGGGAAGACCAAGCCCUGGUGCUGGCCUCCCGGGACAGCGACGGCCCGCAACACGGAGGAAGACUCAACUUCUCCCUACGGAGCGACGCCACGGUCCGGCGCAACUGGAAGCUCACACCCAUCAAUGAUACUCACACCAACCUGUCCCUGAACACACCAUAUCUGGCCCCUGAGGUUUACACGGUGCCCUUCACCAUCUCUGACAGCAGCUCCCCCCCCAGAAGCACCUUCAUCAACUUACCGGUGACCGUGUGCCCUUGCAACAUCAGGGGGAACUGCAAAAUGCCGGCCAAGCAGCUGCCGGGCAUGCCGACUAUCCAGUCUGCCGUGGGCAUCCUGCUCGGCACUUUUGCAGUCAUAGGGACCAUCCUCGUCGUGGUGUUUGUGAGGAUGUCUUACCAGAACCCCAAAGAGCCGAGUAAAACCACGAGCCAGGAGAGAAUCCCUCUGAAAAUAUCCAUCUAGCGGCAUAGCUCGGUUGGCAGAGUGGCCGUGCCGGCAACUCGAGGGUUCCAGGUUCGAUUCCCGCUUCCGCCAUCCUAGUCACUGCCGUUGUGUCCUUGGGCAAGACACUUUACCCACCUGCUCCUCAGUGCCACCCACACUGGUUUAAAUGUAACUUAGAUAUUGGGUUUCACCAUGCAAAGCGCUUUGAGUCACUAGAGAAAAGCGCUAUAUAAAUCUAAUUCACUUCACUUCACAUCUAAACCCGACGACCACCCGCCAUUGCUCGUAUGCCGCUGAUGAAAAAUCAUAACGUCUUUCUAUACUCAAAGUUCAGUAAAAAGCAGAUGUAAAAACUUGCUCAUAGGCCUCCCUUUGUUGCUGUUGUUAGACAUGUUUGUAUUUAACAUUUUGCUUGUAGUCUUAAUUUGUUUUUUUAACUAAUGGAUUAUUCUUGUACACCCUUGAUCAGAUAAAAAAAAAAAAAUGACAUGUUGAUUGAGUUUGUUUUUUUUAUAAUUUCCUAAGCUAAUUAAACCAGCCUUUUAAUUCAAAUAGAUCAAGUUUAAACACGCUGCUUUGACCGUCAAUUUAUUUUUGUUCAUGUUUCGCCAGCAAUAAUUUCACCUUGUCUAAAGGGCAAAAGUUUAUUUAACAUUUCUAGUGAGGGGCAUUUUGUACUCCCUCGUCCCAGGAAGAAUGUUUUGCGGAAAUCUUUUAUUUAUAGAUCUGUAUCGCUCUGGAAUAACCUGCCUCGAAUUCUCACCGGCAUUGAAAGUAAACAGGUCUUUAAAAGGAAAGUAAUAUUUUAUCUGAGUCUUUAAAUUAGUUUGCUUGUUGAUGAUUUUGUUUGGUUUUGUAUUGUGUAGUUAUAUUUAUAUGGUCAUUAUUAUUCUGUGACUGUAAAUUGUUUGCUUGUUUUCUUAUUGAUGCUUUUAUUUUUUUUCUGUAUUGUGUAGUUAUAAUUAUAUGCUUUUACUUGUAAUUGUAUUGGGUUUGUGGACCCCAGGAAGACUAGUGGGUUGUUGUGGCAACCAGCUAAUGGGGAUCCUUAAUAAAAAUCAAAUCAAAUGUAUAACUUUUUUUUUUUUACACUUUUUUUUAAAUUUGUGUGAGUCUGUAAGACAAUUUUUAUCCUACUUGACUCAAACUUAAAUGUUAUGAUACUAAU